UCGUUCCUCGAUCGGUUCGCCACGCUUCACCUCUCCCGAGACUCUUUCUCCGAUCUCUUCGCGGUUUCUAUCUCUUGCUCCUCUUUCUCUACUCUUUUCGUUUUCGUUUUCGGGUUUCGAGCGGUGACGCGGCGCGGGCGAAACGGAACGCGGUGCUCUUCUCCAGGUGGGUGGUGUACAGUGUUGGUGUCCCGGUGCUGGUGGUAGUUUGGUGUCGUCGAUGGUGGUGGUGCCGGUGGUUGAUGGUGGUUGGUGAAUCCGGGACCGAGGAAGCGACCCCCGGAGGCGUUCGCCCUCCGUUCUUGGGAUCUUUCGCUUUCGAGGAGGGGAGCAUAGUUGUAUCAUGGCGUCGUACAGAAGCUAUGGUGACAGUGUUUACCGAUCCAGAGCCAGCGGCGGAGUUGCCGGCACGUUCGGAAGAACCGCUUCUACGGGAAGCGGACUGCCUAGCUGCAGAACGAGCUAUUCGUCCAUCGGUUCCGGUUCCACCAGGGUUCCCGCCAAGGAGAGGAUUUCCGGCUUUGGAAAUGCGUUUUUGAAGAAGGAUAAGACCGAAGAGAAGCCUAGUUUUAAGUAUUCCGCUACCAAAGAAGCCGAGAAGAAUAGAUUGCACCCCGGAAGAUCAUCGUCGGAGGAUGUAAGGUCGAAAAGUCCAUUAUCGAGCAGCAGAUCCUCCCUGUUCGAGAAGUAUUCGUUCCCAGCUACUAAAACUACAGACAGACCGGCCUCCGUCUUGGAUAGAUAUAACCGCGCCACUUCGCGGGAAAAGAGCCGAGAGCCUGACGGAGUAUCCCGAUACGGAUCCAGCACGUAUCCCGGAUCAGGCUUGGCACGAAGUUAUGGAAACGAAAGCAGAAUCGAGAAGAAAGAGAGAAGCGAUCAUCCGCCGGUUUCGUAUCGGGGAUUACGCCCGAACUCCGGGAGGAGUUCUCGGGAGCCUAGCCCGGAGGUCAGCGUCGGGAAAUCGAACUCCUUCAGGGUGUACUCGAGAGCGUCUUCCUACGGUCGAUCCGGCCCCACUUCUAGUGCUUCCGAAUCGAGCUCGGCGCCGAUUUCCUCGAGAUACGGCUCGACAAGCAGUUCCAGGUUUCUCUCGUCGAGAAGUAGUAACGACCGAGUUCCCGCGGCCAUAAGCUACUCCGGAUCGGACAGGUUCCGAACUUCAGGCAGUAAGCCUGCGUCUGCGAACUCGAAGAACGAAGACACCGCGAAGACCAAAUCGGAAAAGGAUACGAGCCAGGAGCCGUACGCAAGCUCGACGAAGCCCGAAGAGUUCGAGGCAGAUAGCAGACUUCAGGAGAACGAGACCGUGACGUUAACUAUGGUUACCAGAGGCACGUCGCCGAGUCCACCGGCGUCUUCCUCGUUCGUGAGAAGCAGAAGAGCCGACAUUGGGAUCGCGCAUCAAAAGGAAGUGAUUCGAGCGCGUAGGAGGACGGAAUCGAAGGACCAGGACGCUCAAUGCGACAGGUUGGAGGAUGGAUCGAGGUACUCGCGGUACGGGGGCGGCGGUAGGGUAUCCGGGACGCCUUGGUCGUCGUAUUUAGACAAAUUCUCGUCGACGAAUUCGAGCGGAACUCCCGUGUACGGGAGAGGAUUCAACGCAGGCGGUGGCAGCGCGACGAAUUCCAGGGUGAACAGUUUCGCGUACGGCAGGUCGAACGAGAACGCGAUCGCUUCGAGGAACGAAUCCGUCUCGAAGGUGUCGCCCAGUUCUAGUCAGGAGAUUCACGCAAAUAGAAACCAAAACGAACAGAAUACCAAAGUGUACGGCGGGCUGGGUUACUCGAGAAACGGCGCCGAUUCGCCGAUCGUGAAACCCGAUUCCGUCUCAAAGAUGUCCGCGGCUAUCGGGCACGAGAACACCAGCAGAGAUCAAACGGACGGUAAAUUGCAAAUUGGCGAGCCCCGACCGUGUCCCGGCGGGAAGACCGAAGCGAAAAACAAUCGCCUCGCCGGCACCAAAGCGUUCAACAAUGAUUCCACGGUCCUGAAAAGGGAGAACUCGCCGCAACGGGCCGCCAUUGUUGCGAAGUCGCCAGACUCCCGGGAAAGUAUUUCCAGGAGCGAGGAAGGGCAGAACAGCAGAGAAAGUUCCGCGUCCAAGAGCGAGGGAUGCAAUCAAAGAAGACCGUCUAUACCGAGAUUAGGUCGUGGCGCGACGAAGACCGAUGUCAGGAUCGUCAAGUCUUCGUCAGGUUCCUCCACGAAGUCCGACGGGCUCAGAGAGAGGAGGGGUUCCACGCCUAACUCCGACGCCAGCUCGUUGCCCAGACUCGUUGAAACCUCGAGGAUCGUCGAGGGGUAUUGUCAAGAACGAAGCGAGGACAUUAGCUCUUCGAAGCGCGAUACUACUUCGUCUGGGAAAGAGUCGUUUCACAGUGGUCCCCAGACAUCGCAGAGCCGGUCCACGACCCCCCAAUCGCGCAGCGGGUCCUCGAAGAAUCUGUCCCGUCAGAUGACGCGGACCGAUUCGUCGGACGGUUCCGCUGUAAAUGUGCCAAUUGGCAGAUCGAAAUCGUCGUCAGCCAGUUCGGUGACGAGUCAGAGUUCAAAAAUAAAGGCGACGCCGCCGCCAUCGCCUGGGAAGUCAUCCGUCGGUUCGAGCGCGUCGUCAGUGAAUCUGAGGCAAGGCGGAUCACCGGAUGCUCGUGGCAAACCACCUGUGCCGAAGACCGACGUUGCAACGGUAACCGCGUCGAAGUGUAUCCUGCCUAUGAAGUACGUAAACAAGGAUUUCCGCAAGUCGACGCUGAACAUGGAGAACGGUGAUCCUUCGCAGUCCAAGUACAGCAGGAAGAAGAAGAGCCAACGUAGCAUGUCCGUCAGUUCUCAAGAUUCGCAAUCCGAACCGAACUCCGAACCAAUUCAUCAGGCUGUUUCGUCCGGAUCCGCGAGUUCCGUGAAAUCGAACAGAUCGAGAUUGAGAAUGCCAUCGAGCAUGUCGAAGACCACGACGAGCAAAAGCGAUUCCAGCGGCUCGACGAGGCCGGAGAAGUCGAGGAGCUGCUCGAAAUCGCCGUCCGAACGAAGAGAGAAGGAAACUGGGACCUCGAGCUCGAGCGGCACCGAGUCCAAUUCUUCGAACUCGUCCAGCAGCGAGGAGGACGACGACACGAAGCAGAAGAGACCCGGAUCGAGACGACGGAAGAGACGUACGUCCAAGUCGCCGUUCUGCGAGAAGAGAGGCAAGAUAAGCGCGGGAUCGUCCAGGACCAGCGUGUUGGCGUCGUCCGCCGACGAGAUGUCUCUGACCAUGGACAAACCGCCCAGACCGCCGUCCAGUCCAAGAUCGAGAAGCGACCGUUCCGGGAAGACUGAGGAAGCGAAAUCGUUCCUGACCAGAGCACUCGCGCCGGUAACAAAUCUUUUCAAGAGCAAACGUCAGGAUUCCGGCGAGUCCGGCAAGUCGUCCGGUUGGCCGGACUCCAACGAAGAGAGCUCGGAUAUUAAAAAAUCGGAGUACACCACGGCGUCCGCGUCGAAGAGCCGUUCGAGGAGCUACAGUGCCGCGAACUCGGAGAAAACCGAUGACAGAAGACAAAGCUGCGCCAGGGUGAAACGCGAUUAUUCCGGGGAACAGCCUUGGUGGAUGGACCCGAACUCCGACAACGUUCCUGAAGGUGUCGAAACCAGAAGCGUGUGUAACGACGAUAUCAGUCAAGAAACGACCGUCAGUGGUACCUUGCCUGACGAUGGUAAAUACAAAUACAGAGUUUGGAGACAAGACUCGGAAGAACGAGCCUGGUGGUUGGACUCGAACGACAGCGUAGCCUCGGAGGACGCCAGGAAACAAUCUUCAACGGUUUCGAGACAGGGAUCAGGGGAGAAAAGCUGGUGGUUAGAUUCCAACGAUAGCGUUCCGUCGGACGAAACGAAGAAACAAUCCUCCUCCUCGGUAGUUUCGAAACACGACUCUGGAGACAGAGGGCGAUGGCUGGACGGGAACGACAGCGUUUCCUUGGAGAAAUCGAGAAAAUCAUCGCGCUCGACGCUCUGGAGGCAGGAAUCCGGGGAGAGGGCUUUGUGGUUGGACGCGAACGACAACGUCCCGUCGGAGGAACCGAAGAAACAAUCUGCCCCGGCAUCUCCGUUAUCGAGACGAGGGUCCAGUCGUUGCAGUACCCGGUCCAGCGAAAGGAGGAAUCGCAUCAAACAUCAGCAAUCCGGGGAACGAGCCUGGUGGAUGAGCGACGAUCCAGAGAAUGUACCCGAAGGAAUCGAAGUUAUCCCCGUAACUACGAACGUCAAGAGUCACAACGAAGAGGCGGACGAUAAUCAGACGUACGGGAGAACUAUAAACAAAAUCAGGCACAUCGAGUCCGGCGAGAAGGCAUGGUGGAUGGACAGCUCGUCGAACGUACCUGACGGUGUCGUCAAGAUUCCCGUGGAAACUUCGAACAGCACCUCCGACUCGUCCGAGUCGUUCGAGAGAAUCGAUAUUGGCGUUAACCCUGAACCUGAUAUAUACGCCAAGAGAAGCCUCUCUAGGUUCCCUAUCGAGUUUCCGCCUCCUCCGCCCGACGAGCCACUUGGGGAUCGCGCCAGUCCUGAAGGGGUAGAAAAUCCUCCGGAUCCACCGGACAAUUACGGUGGACGGGACUCGCCUUACGACAACGUGCAGCCAACACCCCGAAGAUCGUCGCCAAGGAAACGGCCGUCCACGUUGCCUCUGUUCAUCGGCGAGCACACCAACAUCGACGACCUGUUGGGCGAUUCGGCGGUUCUCUGCCCCAGCCCUGUCUUGUCGCGCUUCCGUGAACGCGAGCGCAUCGACGAGGAUUCCUCGGAAGAGAGUUCGGAAUGCGAAGAAAUCGACGCCACCCAAGUGAUCAUUCACGACAGCACGCCGCAGACGCCAGUGAUCCAACGACGGCAUCGGGACAACGAGAGGCCUCAGCCCGAUGGUUACAUUCCGGGUGUUCUUUGUACACGAGACGGAGUAGGGAGGGGGUUGACCACGUGGCGGCGCCACCGUCGUCUUAGCGCGACAGGUGUCCGCGGCGUUCAGUGUCGCGGCAGCCGCUCGCGAGCCGGGCGAUUCGAAUGAAAAUAAAUCGGCGGUACGACGAACUGGUUCGUGCGUUCGCGUAAAGCGGUCGUGCGGUCCGGUGAGACUCGCGACGUAAAACAGGGCUGUGUGUUGCCUUUUUUGGAUCGAAGAAAAAGGGCUAUCGGGACAAU